CCACACGGCUCGUAUUCUUCCCAGCCAUGAGACCAGCGGCCUGCCAUCCCCUCCCCUCUCUUCCCUCCUCCUAUAACCGCCACUAAGCGAAUGAAAAGAAGUCCUCGUCUUGAUUUUCAUUCCUGUAGACAUCGUUUUUGAUGAUAACCUCUCCGAGUCUGGCAUAUUGCAUGCUGUUCAGUAAUACGCUUGGUGUGUUUGAAUGGGCUCAACGGGCUGCAUCUGGCCUCCAAAGAAGGCCACGUCAAAAUGGUGCUGGAGUUGCUUCACAACGGAAUCACACUGGAGACCACCACAAAGAAAGGGAACACCGCCCUCCACAUUGCAGCUCUGGCAGGGCAGGAGCAGGUGGUCACAGAGCUGGUAAACUAUGGGGCCAAUGUCAACGCUCAGUCCCAGAAAGGUUUCACUCCACUCUACAUGGCAGCACAAGAAAACCAUCUAGAGGUUGUGAAGUUUCUCCUGGAGAACGGAGCCAAUCAGAGCAUUCCAACAGAGGAUGGAUUCACGCCGCUCGCCGUGGCUCUUCAGCAGGGGCAUGAGAAUGUCGUAGCUCUGCUCAUCAACUAUGGCACCAAGGGAAAGGUCCGGCUCCCUGCACUGCACAUUGCAGCACGAAAUGACGAUACGCGCACAGCUGCGGUGCUUUUGCAGAAUGACCCUAACCCCGACGUCCUCAGCAAGACUGGAUUCACACCCCUCCACAUUGCUGCACAUUAUGAAAACUUGAACGUGGCACAACUGCUGCUUAAUCGAGGAGCAAACGUAAACUUCACUCCAAAAAACGGCAUCACCCCUCUGCACAUUGCUUCCAGACGAGGGAAUGUGAUCAUGGUCCGACUCCUGCUGGACCGGGGGGCCCAGAUUGAUGCCAAGACCAAGGAUGAGUUGACGCCUUUGCAUUGCGCUGCCAGAAACGGGCAUGUCAGAAUUAUAGAGAUCCUGCUGGACCACGGGGCUCCAAUCCAGGCGAAGACAAAGAAUGGCCUGUCACCAAUCCACAUGGCAGCACAAGGGGACCACAUGGACUGUGUCAAGCAGCUCCUGCAAUACAACGCAGAGAUUGAUGAUGUAACACUGGACCACCUCACUCCGCUGCAUGUGGCAGCACACUGCGGGCACCACCGCAUGGCCAAAGUACUGCUGGACAAAGGAGCGAAACCCAACUCGAGGGCUCUGAACGGCUUCACUCCUCUGCACAUCGCCUGCAAAAAGAACCACAUGCGUGUGAUGGACCUCCUGCUCAAACAGUCAGCAUCACUAGAAGCUGUGACUGAAUCAGGCUUAACCCCCUUACAUGUUGCAUCCUUUAUGGGUCAUCUCAACAUUGUGAAGAUCCUCCUCCAGAAGGGAGCUUCUCCUAGCGCCUCUAACGUGAAAGUGGAGACUCCGCUCCAUAUGGCAUGUCGGGCGGGUCACUUUGAAGUGGCAGAGUUUUUACUGGAGAACUCAGCUCCAGUGGAUGCCAAGGCAAAGGACGAUCAAACGCCUCUGCACUGUGCUGCUCGGAUGGGUCACAAAGAGCUGGUGAAGCUUCUGCUUGACCACAAAGCUAACCCCAACUCCACCACCACAGCUGGACACACGCCUCUGCACAUCGCUGCCCGGGAAGGUCACGUUCAAACAGUGCGCAUCCUGCUAGACAUGGAGGCCCAACAGACCAAAAUGACCAAAAAAGGCUUCACUCCGCUGCAUGUAGCCUCCAAGUACGGGAAGGUGGACGUGGCAGAGCUGCUGCUUGAGCGAGGAGCCAACCCUAACGCUGCUGGAAAGAAUGGUCUGACCCCGCUGCAUGUUGCUGUACAUCACAACAACCUGGAUGUUGUUAACUUGCUUGUCAGCAAAGGAGGGUCACCACAUAGCGCUGCCAGGAAUGGCUACACUGCCCUCCACAUUGCAUCCAAGCAGAACCAGGUGGAGGUGGCCAACAGCCUGCUGCAGCACGGAGCUUCAGCCAACGCUGAGUCACUGCAGGGCGUCACUCCGCUCCACCUCGCCUCGCAGGAGGGAAGGCCUGACAUGGUUUCCCUGCUCAUCUCCAAACAGGCCAACGUCAACCUGGGCAACAAGAGUGGAUUAACACCGUUGCACCUGGUGGCACAGGAGGGACAUGUAGGCAUUGCUGAUAUCCUAGUGAAGCAGGGAGCUUCGGUCUACGCUGCCACACGGAUGGGCUACACCCCUCUGCACGUAGCGUGUCAUUACGGUAACAUCAAGAUGGUGAAGUUCCUCUUGCAGCAGCAGGCCAAUGUUAACAGCAAAACAAGGCUUGGCUACACUCCUCUGCAUCAGGCAGCGCAGCAAGGACACACAGACAUUGUGACUUUAUUGCUAAAACAUGGUGCCCAACCCAAUGAGACCACGACUCAUGGCAUGUCAGCGCUGGCCAUUGCGAAAAGGCUGGGAUACAUCUCUGUCAUCGAUGUCCUGAAGCUCGUCACUGAGGAGACUGUUUCUAUGACAACAACAGAGAAGCAUCGCAUGAGUUUUCCGGAAACUGUGGAUGAGAUAUUAGAUGUGUCUGAGGAUGAAGGAAUUGCACAGCUAACGUUAGGAGAGGAGCUCUUGGGGACAGAAGGGGCCAGGUACAUGAAGAUGGAUGACAUGAAAGACCAUGAUGACGAUUUCCUCUCCCCCAAGAAAUCACUGGAGUACGAGAGAGGGCUGGGCACAGCGAAUUACUCACCGGCCAUUCCCAGGAUUCCCCGUGUCUCCCCGGAGAACGUAAAUCUGCCAGAACAUGAAAUGGAUCAGCAACACACACCACUUCCACUGCCCAAAGAGUACGACGAGGACUCACUGAUUCCCAGCAGUCCAGCAACUGAAACAUCUGACAACGUCAGCCCAGUCGCCAGUCCCAUCCACACAGGAUUCCUGGUCAGUUUUAUGGUGGAUGCUCGAGGCGGUUCAAUGCGAGGCAGCAGGCAUAAUGGUCUGCGUGUCAUCAUACCUCCACGGACGUGUGCGGCACCCACUCGCAUUACCUGCCGCCUGGUGAAGCCGCAGAAGCUGACCAGCCCCCCUCCUCUGGUGGAGGGAGAGGGGCUGGCCAGCAGGAUCAUUUCCCUGGGUCCAGCUGGGAUGCAGUUUCUGGGACCGGUGAUUGUGGAGAUUCCCCACUUUGCUGCUCUGGGUCGUGGAGACCGAGAGCUUGUUGUGCUCAGGAGCGAGAACGGAUCCGUCUGGAAGGAGCACCGCAACCGCUACGGUGACGAGGUGCUGGAAACCAUCCUGAAUGGGAUGGAUGAGGAACUGGAAAGUCAAGAGGAACUCAGCAAGAAGCGAAUCCGCCGCAUCAUCUCUACUGACUUCCCUCUUUACUUCGCCGUUGUGUCACGAGUCCAACAAGAGAGUGACCUGAUUGGUCCAGAGGGAGGUUCGCUUACCAGUAAACUAGUGCCGAUGGUGCAGGCCACGUUCCCAGAGACGGCAGUCACAAAAAGAGUCCGCCUGGGACUGCAGGCCCAGCCAGUUCCAGAUGAGCUGGUUGCAAAACUGCUGGGUAACCAGGCAAACUUUAGCCCUGUAGUCACGGUGGAGCCUCGGCGGCGCAAGUUUCAUCGCCCCAUCGGCCUGCGCAUCCCCCUGCCUCCGUCCUGGAGGGAGAGUCCCCGUGACUCAGGCGAAGGCGACACCACCAGUCUGCGUCUGCUCUGCUCUGUUAUAGGUGGAACAGCCCCGGCCCAAUGGGAAGAUAUUACUGGCACCACCAAGCUCCUCUACGCCAGUGACUGUGCCAGCUUUACCACUAAUGUUUCUGCACGGUUCUGGCUGGCAGACUGUCCUCGGACAGCUGAGGCCGUCUCCUUUGCCAACCUGCUCUAUAAAGAGCUAUCAGCUGUACCCUACAUGGCCAAGUUUGUAGUGUUUGCAAAGAUGAACGAGCUGCGCGAGGGCCGUCUGCGAUGCUACUGCAUGACAGACGAUAAGAUGGAUAAAACUCUGGAGCAGCACGAGAACUUUACUGAAGUCGCCCGCAGUCGAGACAUAGAGGUGAUGGAGGGAAUGCCACUUCACCUGGAGUGUUCAGGAAAUCUGGUGCCAGUGAGGAAGGCCACGCAGCAGCCCCGCUGCUUUAGUUUCCAGGCUUUCAGGGACAACAGGCUUCCAGUCUCUGUCAAGGUGCGAGACAGCAGUAAAGAGCCUACUGGAUUUUUAUCUUUCCUACGGAAGUCCACUAAAUAUGAGGACAGCCAACAAGUACUCUGCAACCUUAACAUCACUAUGCCUCCUUGUAUCAAGAUUAUUGGUAGUGAAGAUAGGAGGCGAACUCUGACCCCGUUGGCUUUGAGAGAAAGAUACAGCGCCCUAAAUGAACCCGCUAUGGCAUCAAUGAGUGCAAUGGAGAGAACGGAGCUGAAGAUGGCAGUGAUCGCAGAGCAGUUGGGUCUGAGCUGGGCUGAGUUAGCACGUGAGCUACAGCUGAGUGUAGAUGACAUCAACAGGAUUCGAGUUGAGAAUCCAAACUCCCUCCUCGAACAGAGCUCCGUGCUGCUCAACUUGUGGGCAACUCGUGAAGGCAAAAGGGCCAAAAUGGAGAGUUUAUACACCGCCCUGAAGAACAUUGACCGUAUGGACAUCAUCAACAUGUUGGAGGGUCAGCCGCCCCAGCCUAUGAGACAAGGCUCCCGUGACCUCAACAGACGGCGGCACAACGACAGAGACCAUCUCUCCCCUGGUAUGACCAAUGGUUAUGGGCUUGCGCAGGAGGAGCUCCAUUCGCCGGCCUCAAUGCAGUACAGCCUGCCCUCUCCGUUGGGUGCUGAGCCUUACUGGCAGGAAGUGUCCAGCCUGGACUGUGCACCAAUUGCCACCACAGAAGAAGACACCCUAAUGGAGAUGUCCGAUGUUCAGGUUUGGCCCUCUGGCAACAGCCCCUCCUUGGUAGCUGUGGAGGACUCCUCGCUGGAGUGCAGCAAUGCGGAUGACUCAGAAGGUCUACUGGGGCUGCCGUACGGAAGUCUGGGCCGACCGGCCAGCCAGGCCAGUGCAGCCAGCGCAGGGGGUGUGGUGCUGAGUGGUUCUAUUGAGCUGCCAGAAGAUGACUCCGAGAUGGGAGUGGAUUCUCUCAGCACAACCACACCAGCCUCCAUUGGGGGGACCAUAGCAGGGAUCAAUCUCAACGGGCUAAACAACGGUCAGGGGUCAGAGGCAAGCUCAGAGUUAUCAGCCGUCACGAGUACGACGGGUGGUGAUGGAGCUGAAGGAGGAGGACGACGACUAGGUGGAACUGGCUCAGAAGAAGGACAUUCUCUUGUUUCAGGACAACAAAGAGUGUACGCUCGGUUGAGUGAGUCACCUGGUCUCAGCUGUGUUGCAGAUCGGAAUGGAGACAGGUCAGCUAAUGGUGGAAACGGAAGUGGAGGAGGCUCUUUCCUUUCUUACCUGCAGGAACAGACCGGUUCAGGGUGGAUGCCCGUCACUGACCCAACACAGGCUUGGGUGGGCACCCAGUCUAAGCCCAGGCAGGCCAUGGAGACUAUGAUUUCAUCUGUACGUAAUGCUGUGGAUGUAGACCCAUCCCUAAUGUCCCAGGAGGCCUUGCUUCAACCCGUGAGGGACAUGGGGCACUCUGAGAUUUUACGGGGCCACUUCAGAGGUACCCAGCCUUUUGAGAAGGGUCUGGGAUUCCCACACAGGGUACCAGAACUGAGAGCCUGGGACGACGUGCGCCUGAAAGGUCAGGGCGAUGAAGUUGAAGACCUUGCUGGUGGGCAAAUAAGUGAGGAGCAGUUCACAGAUGAACAUGGAAACAUCGUCACCAAGAAGAUUGUACGGAAAGUUGUGCGCAGAGGGAAAGGUUUGGGAGAAGAAGGGGUUCUGGAAGUGGAGGGUUCCCUGCUGGAUGCCAACGAACUGGAGGGCGAUGCUGAGCAGUACCUGAGCUACGCCAUCCUAGGCCGCGACGGCAGCAAGACCGAUUCUGUGGAUGUGAAGAAAGGUGCUCAGAUAGUGAAAUGUGCCAGUCUGCGGAGAGUUAAGCAGUGAGGCAGACAGGCUGCUGCGUCCCAGCAGAGUUCUCCACAAGAUUCAACCCCUUCACCGAAACAAUCGUACAUGGACACAUGACCAGCAGCAGCUGUCAGGCAGAAGACCACACAGGGACAGGCCGACAAAUGAAAAUGAAAUCCCCCCCUCCAACACAACGACAGCGGUGUUGCCGACUUUCAGCACGUUUCAGAAGAAAAGGAUAAAGAUCUAACUUGUAGUUUUUAAUUACCUUUUUAUUUUUAAGAAACUCUGGUUAUAAAAAAAAAACAAAUCCUACUAGGCUAGAAGCAUGAUUUCAUAUAAAACAAAACCAAACACAGGCAAAAAAAAAAAGAGAAAGAAACGCAACCGACAUGUGCUUCCUGUUAUCUGUAUCAGCAUGAGUGAUUGCUGCCGCAUGGCCUGUCUUUAACUACAAAUACAGAGGGAAACACAGGGGCUUGUAAGGGGGGCGGGAUGGGACAGGCAUGCAAUGUUCAUUCAAUCACUGGUCUGAUUUCUAAAUUAACCUGGAAAUUAACUGUUUAUCAGUCGGAGAAAAAAAAAGAGACUACAAACUCAAAUUCCUCUCUUCCUCAACACACAGAUCCGUUUUAAUCCCCUCUCAGUGCUCCGAGCCCAGUAAAGCUCCUCUAACCACCCAAGAAUAUCAGUGUUGUACAUAAUAUUGUAUGCACUCAAAAGCUCUACGUGACAGUGUGUUACGUGUGUUGUUUAUGUUCUCUAAGAUCUCUAUGCGAUGCCACUGAUGCUGCUUUCAUGUACAUAAGAGAUUCCUCCCUGGUUUCCUUGUUAGAUCUGUUCUGUCAGAACCUAUAUAAUAUUAGUCUAUAUAUCCUGAGGUCUUUGUGGGUACAAGAACAUGCAAACGUUAUGUCGCUCUGCCUGUUUUAAUUCAGUUUAUGCUCAUUUUUCUGCACCUGUCACUUGCUGCCAUCAUUUAGACUGCAGUUGCUGCACUGCGGCUCUUUUUCCAUCUGUAGGAGGCAGUUUUAAUACCUUCUCUUUGUGUAGAAGGAAACAGUUUAGAUGAAAGAUUAUGAGGAGACUAAACUUUUCUUCCAUCUCUCUCUCUUCGUUUGCUUUGGUUUCGUCCACACUGUUUUGUAAUAAUAUAUCUCACCUCUGCGGUCACCCUAUCAGAGCACAUGUAGCAGUCCUGUCCUCCUUCCCCGACGGAGGACAGGAUCCCACCUUCCGCUCGCAGCUGUCCAGUAAAUCCUGCAGCAUUUGACCCCACCACACGCACACACACACACACACACACACGGUGCACAUACUGAUCACCUGUCACUUGAUGAGGUAGCUGAAACACUGGUAAUGUAGCACUGAUCUGACUGGGCAGGCAGGGGAGCAUCGCGUCACGGGUCGAGGUCGUGUUGAGCUCUGAUGUUUGUCCUUUGGAUGGCUACUUGGAGCAUAGCAAAGGCAGUCAGUCGCCGAUCACUGUGAUGAGAAACUGUAAUACUGACCCGUAACUGUGAGCCUGGCUCCCCCUCGUCUCCAAUCUCGUCUCCUUUCAAUUCAUCUUAUGUUGUAAUAAUUCACUUUCUUAGACGUUUAUUUAUGUAAUAUUCAAAAGGAGCAAUAACUGCUAACAAAAAAAAAUAUAUAUAUAUAUAUAUUUAUGUGUGAGAGUGUGAGAAAAGAAGGGAAAUUUAAGGAUCAAAGGUCACGGUCUUCCUAAACCUUAUCACAGCUUUAGAGUCUUCUCUUUUUUCAGAAAUGAUGUCAGUAAUUUAGGAUUCACGAAAACAUUGUUUAUGUUGGUAUGACUUCAUAUCAUAAAUCCAGUGGCGGUUUUUGCACAAAUGGCACAAAACAGAUGGAAAUAUGCACAAAUCACUGUAGAACAACUCAUGCUUAAUCCAUCUGUAUAGUUUCUAGUUUGUGUCAAUCUGUGAAGAUACUGAUUCUAAAAGAAUGAAGUAUUAUAAAUUUAACUUUUUAUUGUUGCACAUAAAGAUUGAAAGUUUCGUGAAUCUCAAACUGUGUUUUAACUUUAAAGAAGUGGCACCUACCUGCUCAGAGCAGGAUAAUCCAGUUAAGGUUCAUCGGUCUCAGUUUCCUUUUUCAGAUUUUGAAUAAACAGAGAAAAUGUCGUCCAAACUGCUAAAAAA